AAUCGUCAACUGUCGUCUCUCUCUAUCGACUCUCGCGAGCUCUUCUUCUUUGUCUAAUCUGCUGCGAUCUCUCGCUCUCGCUCUCGCUCUCUCUACAGCGCAAAGUGUGAGACUUUUGGCGGGAAAAUGUCGGGGAAAGGAGCGAAGGGUUUGAUAAUGGGGAAACCCAGUGGUAGCGAGAAGGACAAGGACAAGAAGAAACAACCCAUCACCCGUUCUGCUCGAGCUGGUCUUCAGUUCCCUGUUGGAAGGGUGCAUAGGCUGUUGAAGACAAGGUCCACUGCUCACGGAAGAGUUGGAGCAACUGCAGCUGUUUACACAGCAGCCAUACUGGAGUAUCUGACCGCAGAAGUUUUGGAGCUGGCUGGCAACGCCAGCAAGGACCUCAAGGUGAAACGUAUCUCCCCGAGGCACUUGCAGCUUGCGAUUCGUGGAGAUGAAGAGCUCGAUACUCUCAUCAAAGGAACUAUAGCUGGUGGUGGUGUCAUCCCUCACAUCCACAAGUCUCUCAUCAACAAAUCCGCCAAGGAAUAGAUUCUUACCACUCUUUGGGCCUUGCUUCUCUGUUUCUUUAAGUAUCUCUCUCGAGAGAGAGUUUGUAUUUUGAUAAAAGAAGACACUAGAGAGCUCUUUUGUUUAGGUUCCUUUUGUUAUGCGUAUGUAUUUGAUGAUUUAUCUAAAACUCAUUUUCUGACUAGAAGCUUGUAAGCAAAUCAAUGUGUUUUUCACUGAACAUGAA